AUGUCUGCCACGUGUCAUGUGGUGUGGAUGCCUGUGAACAUGCCAGGUGGCAUGGUGCUGCAUGACGGGCAGAUUGCUGAGAUGCGGACGGGGGAAGGCAAGACGCUGGUGGCCGUGCUGCCUGCUUAUCUCAACGCCCUCACAGGAAAGGGCGUGCAUGUGGUGACGGUCAACGACUACUUGGCUCGCAGGGAUGCUGAGUGGGUGGGGCAGAUUCACAAGUAUCUUGGCCUUUCUGUCGGCCUCAUUCAGCAGGGCAUGACGGCGCAGCAGAGGAGAGAGAGCUACGCAUGCGAUGUCACAUAUGUCACCAACAGCGAGCUUGGAUUUGACUACCUGAGAGACAAUCUCGCCACUUCCAAGACGGACCUGGUGCCCAGCGAGCGCUACCUUAUCGCUGCCAAGAUCGCUGCUGCGUUUGAGAAGGAUGUGCAUUACACGGUGGACGAGAAGCAGAAGGUGGUACUGCUAACAGAGACAGGCUAUGAAGAAGCAGAGCUGGUGCUCAAAGUCACCGACCUGUACGACCCCAAGCAGCAAUGGGCGUCCUUCCUCCUCAACGCAAUUAAAGCCAAGGAGCUCUUCACCAAGGAUGCGCAGUACAUUGUGCGCGACGGCGCGGUGCUUAUAGUGGAUGAGUUUACAGGGAGGAUAAUGGAGGGGCGGCGGUGGAGUGAGGGCGUGCACCAGGCAGUGGAAGCGAAGGAGGGCGUGGCGAUUCAGAACGAGACUGUCAGCCUGGCUUCUAUAAGCUAUCAGAACUUCUUCCUGCAGUACCCCAAGCUGUGCGGCAUGACAGGCACGGCAGCCACAGAGGCAGACGAGUUUGGUGGCAUCUACAAGCUGGCUGUGGCGGAGGUCCCCACCAACCGGCCUCUGCAGAGAAAGGACGAGCAAGAUGUAGUUUACCGCACGUCGGUGGGCAAGUGGAGGGCAGUGGUGGCGGAUGUGAAGGGGCGCCAUGCAGAGGGGCGGCCGGUGCUGGUGGGCACCACGUCGGUUGAGAUCAGCGAGGCGCUCUCGGCGAAGCUGAAGGAAGCAAAUGUUCCUCACCAGGUUCUCAACGCCAAGCCAGAGAACGUGGAGAGAGAAGCAGAGAUAGUGGCGCAGAGCGGGCGAGUGGGGGCGGUGACCAUAGCAACCAACAUGGCUGGGCGGGGAACUGACAUCCUCCUGGGCGGCAAUGCAGAGUUCAUGGCCCGGCUGAAGCUGAGGGAGGCGCUCAUGCCCAGAGUGGUGACGGCAGACGAUGUGGCAUUCAUAUCCCAAGGCAAAACGAAGAUUGCCGUCAAACGAACCUGGACGGUGCCGGCCAAUCUCUUCCCUUGUCCUCUCUCGCCUGACCUCACUGAUGCUGUAAGCGAGGCAGUGCAAGCAGCAGUGGAGUCGUGGGGGAGCAGUUCGCUCACCACACUGGAGGCAGAAGACAGACUGGCAUUCGCAUGUGAGAAGGGCCCCACAGCUGACCCUGUGGUGAAGCAAUUAAGGGCAGCCUUCGAGGUGGUGGAAGGGGAGUAUCGACGAUUCACAGAGGAGGAGAAGCGGAAAGUCAUUGCUGCUGGAGGCCUGCAUGUGAUCGGCACAGAGAGGCACGAGUCACGACGUGUGGACAACCAGCUACGCGGCCGCAGCGGGCGGCAGGGGGACCCAGGGAGCUCGCGCUUCUUUCUGAGCCUGGAAGAUAAUCUGCUGAGAAGGAAGGUGGAGAAUUACUACUUUGAUAUUCGCAAGCAGCUGUUUGAAUACGACCAGGUGGGAUGCGGUGCGGUGCGGCUCAUAGGGUGUGUGCCGAUUCAGGUGUAUUCUGCGCUGGAGAGUGCGCAGAGGAAGGUGGAGAAUUACUUCUUCGAUAUUCGCAAGCAGCUGUUCGAAUAUGACCAGGUGCUGAACAGCCAGAGGGAGCGGUUCUACUCGGAGAGGAGGAGAGCGCUGGAGACAGAUGACCUGGAGGGGCUGAUGCUGGAGUAUGCAGAGCUGACCAUGGACGACAUUGUCAAUGCGAACAUCGACCCAUCACUAUCACAGGAAGAGUGGAACUUUGAGGCUCUCACAAAGAAGGUCAAACAGUACUGUGCACUGCUCACUGACUUGUCAAUAGACGACAUUAUCUAUCACAGCGACACUGUAGAUACUCUGAGGGAGUAUCUACACCAACGCAGCAAAGAAGCUUAUUACACAAUGAAGGCAGAAGUAGAAGCGGCAGUUCCAGGGUUAAUGAGGGAUGCAGAGCGGUACUUUGUGGUCACUCAAAUGGAUCUGCUCUGGAAGGAGCACCUGCAGGCGCUCAGAUUCACCCAGCAGGCCGUGGCUUUAAGGGGCUAUGCGCAGCGAGACCCUCUUAUUGAGUACAAGCUUGAAGGGUACAACCUGUUUCUCGCGAUGAUGGGGCAAAUACGACGGAACGUCAUUUAUUCCGUAUACCAGUUCAAUCCAGUCAGUGUGACUCAACAAGAUGGUGGACAAACGUCAGGGAGUAGUUGA